UAUCUACAUCGUUAUCUUCAUACUUCCAAAUCCGCUAUUGCUCUGUGAGUCCUUGACACACGACAAUAAAAAAAAAGAAAAGGAUAGAAAAGACACUUACACACACACCACCACCACUACCACCACCACCACACCAGGAGCGAGCGAGCGAGAGAAAGAGGAACCAUACCCAACAUUGAGUGAUCUACCCCAUCCUAGUUUUUCACUCUCUCCAAUGAACAAUAGUGACACCUCCAUCAUAAAACCACCUUCAACAUGCUUCAGAUGUCACGCAGCAUUAGGCACUCAAGUAGUACGAGCCCUACAGGGAACUUUUCAUCCUGAAUGCUUCACCUGCCCUGAUUGCAACACGCCUGUGGCAGCCAAAUUUUUUCCUUUCACAACCGACGAUGGACACACAUUUCCAUUAUGCGAGCGCGAUUAUUUUCGACGUCUCGGACUUGUCUGCAAUCAUUGUGACGAACCGUUGCUUGGAUCUUAUAUUAUCGCUCUCGACAAGAAAUUCCAUACCGACCAUUUCACAUGCAGUGUUUGUUCCACCACGUUUGGCCACGACGAUUCUUACUACGAACAGAAUGGACAAAUCUUUUGUCACUUUCACUAUUCGACUCAAUUCGCUGUUUCAUGCGCCGGAUGUCAGAUGGCCAUUCUUAAACAAUAUGUGGAGAUUGAACGGAGUGACAUGAUUGAACAUUGGCAUUCCGAAUGUUACAUGAUUUACAAGUACUGGAAUGUCAAGAUGGCCAACUUCUCGUCAUCUGCUUUGACGGAUAAGCAACACGAUCCAACUCCGAACCCAGCAGAAUUAAUUGAAAAACAGCACGAGACGGAAGAGAAAGUGUUCCGCAUUUGGUCGGUCUUAUCGGCUUUUGAAGAAUCUUCGGCCGUAUGUAUUUCUGAAAUGUUACUCCAUGUGUCCAAUGGAGCCUAUGUGGAAGGUAUUUGUCUUUCCGAACGCUUCCUCAUCCACGUGGAAGCCUUGUUUUCUGGCGUCGAUGAAUUGCUGGCUAUUCAUCAACAAUACCGACAACCCGAGUUCAAAUAUACGGGCGAAGCCAAAAUGCUGUGUCAAAAGAUCAUCAACUUCUUCUCUUUACUAUCUCGCACACAAGAAAUGGACAAGAAGAAACUGGGAAUUACUCAGGAGUUACUAUCGUUGGUCACCGGUCUCGCCCAUUUCCUAAAGAAUCUCAUUCGGGUCGCAUUAACUGCAGCUUUGCGGUUGGAACUUCAAAUUGGCACGCCUAUUGCGGUCACUCGUCUUUUAGCGAAACUGAUGGAAGUGGCGGGGAAGGAACGACACAGUCGAGACAGUCAGCGAUUAUUCAAGGCGAAACAAGCUUCCGAUUACUGUCACUUUUGUAAAAGUACAAUUGAAGAUCACUGUUGGAAAUACGGCAACUAUCGAUGGCAUCUGAAAUGUUUUCACUGUCGCCAAUGUAAACGAAAGUUACAUGCUGAUAACCAAGAGGAUGCUGUUUUCAGUUCCGCAGCGCUUUCCGUGCUGUGCACUCAAUGCGCUGGUGUGGAUGGGACGCGUUUCGAGUAUGUUACCAAGUUGACUCAGUUUGCAUUUUUGCUACGCAUUGCAUUAAGUCGACUUUGUGGCAUAUUGCAGGUCACAGAUAAUCAGUUGUCUACUGUGGAUAUCUCCAUCAAAUCCAAGCCGUAUUUACCGAAAGACGUGCCUUUAACGCCUGGCGUCGAAAGCAAAUCGGUGCUUUCAUCGGUUCUCGAUGAAAAAACGAUCCAUUACCCAACACACAUUGCUGAUGCACAAAGCGUUUCUUCCGCCAGACUUGACCGCAAAAUAUCACGUUCCUUCAAAACGGCGAAACGAUCGACGAUUAUGGGCAAUGCACAGAUGAACCCAUUAACAGAGGAACCAGGCGAUACAACAGCGACAGCAACAGCAACUACAACAGCUGCAGCAAAAGAACCAUCCAAGCCUGCGCCGGCGCGGUUAGAUAGUUUGUUGCGCCGUAUGGAUCAGCACAAGGAAUUACCACCGUUACCGAAAAACAAAAAUAAUACGAGACAUAAGGCUACCCGCAGUGUUAAUUUAGAUGACAUUCCUCACAUGGCUGCCGAAGCCGUGUCGCAUCAGAAGCCCUAUCAUCCGCCAUCGGUUCAGCCCACCAUGCUCAGCGAUACCGCGGGAUCCGGUUCAGCUUCGUCUCGCAUUUAUCUAUCGGAAUUAUCCGCUUUACAGCAUAUGAUAAUACGUCAUGUGGCCGUGGUUCAUAUUGAACCGUACGUUCGAGAGUUCUUCUCCUUUAGCGAACUGUUGAAUCUUAUUGAACACAAGAAGACGUCCAUUUGGGGCAAGUUCUUCACCUCGCUCAAAAAACCUGGUGUGAACAAACGAAACCAAAAAGGGAAAGAAGAAGGCACAUUUGGUGUCUUGCUGGAUGCAUUAACCGAGAAAACCGGAGUAGAAUCCAAUCUUGGCGCCGGACCAUCGCCUCUGAAGAUCGCCGCUUUCGUAGACGAUGCCAUUACUGCAAUGCGACAAAUGGAUAUGUCAGUGGAAGGCGUAUUCCGUAAAAACGGCAAUAUUCGUCGCUUGAAGGAAGUCAGCGAGCAACUGGAUAAGAAUCCGCACGACGUCAACCUAUCAUCAGAAAAUGCCGUUCAAGUGGCUGCUUUGCUGAAGAAAUUCUUACGUGAACUUCCCGAGCCCUUAUUGACCUACAAACUUCAUGGUCUUUUUUGCUACGCUCAACGAUUGGAGGACUCCAAAGUACGGAAACGGGUUCUUCAUUUGGCAUGCUGUAUGCUUCCUCGUUGUAAUCGUGACACCAUGGAAGUGCUGUUCCUGUUUUUCAGAUGGGUUGCCAGCUUUUCUCAUGUUACUACGGAUGUCGGCAGCCGCAUGGAUAUUCCGAACCUUGCUCGCGUGAUUGCGCCUAAUAUUCUGACGACCAACAACAAGGAUCCUGUCAAGGAUGAUUCAUUUGCUGCCAUUCACGUUGUGGAAACGCUUCUCGAAUGCUACGAGGAGUUUUGUCUUGUACCUGAAGAUCUGGAACCGUUUUUGCAAGACCCGCAGUUCCUGGAUAAUCGAGCUGAUCUAUCGUCCAAAGACUUUUUGAAAAAGGUGGAACAGUUAAGGAAACACAGGAAACCGCAGUCGCCGUCAGCUGGUAUGAUUUCUUCCUACCCAAGUCCGUCAAACGAUCUGCGAUUGUUUGAUGGUGCAGUAACCGAUGGCCGUGCUCAUCCUCCGACCUCCAUCUAUGCGCAACAACAAUAUCUACCUUAUCCAAAUCACCAUCCUUCAUCUGAUUUUUAUCCUUAUCAACUGAAUCAACGACAACCCGCGAUCGAUAAUUCUGGCCAUUCAUCGUCAUAUCAUCUUUCAAUGUCUCAGGAUGCAUCCCCCAUGUAUAGCUCCGCUUCCUUGAAAGCGGCCGCACCAUCACAAGAACUUCAUUCAUCAUAAUAUAUAAAUAUAUAUAGUGAUCGGCUGGACGAGCCAUGGCCCUAGUUGGCCCUAGUUUGGAUGCUUUUCUUUUUUUUAUUCGAAUAUUGCUUUCCUUUAUCUGUAAAAUAUAAUAAUAACCGCAUACUACAUCAUACUGAUAUAGUGCCAUU